AAACAAAAAGUACAUAAACUUUUACCUACUUUGUACUCAUUUCCGCAUCUAAUACUUCUUUAACCUAAUUAUAUAAGCUGUAUAAUCAGUGGCUCUAUCACUCUCUACUCAAUUCUAAUCAUCAUGUAUCGAGUAGCCGCAUACAGGCAGUUGAAGAAUAGAGUUUCUUGGAUCAGUUCAUUCAAUUCUGCCAGAUCAAAUCAUACUUUGCCCUUUGCUACGGUAAAAGCUGAAGAAAUAUCAGGCUCUCAACCUGCUGAAGUCCACAACUUGGUGCAGGGGAAGUGGACAGGAUCUUCUAGUUGGAAUACAAUAGUGGAUCCCUUGAAUGGGCAACCAUUCAUUAAAGUUGCAGAAGUAGAUGAAUCAGAAUUGCAGCUAUUUGUGGAGAGCUUGUCCAAGUGCCCGAAACAUGGUCUACAUAAUCCAUUCAAAGCACCAGAAAGGUACCUAAUGCUUGGAGACGUAUCUACAAAAGCAGCUCAUAUGCUUGGCUUGCCUGAGGUUUCUGACUUCUUUGCUAAGCUAAUACAACGGGUGUCUCCUAAGAGUUACCAACAAGCUCAUGGUGAAGUUUUCGUCACACAGAAAUUUCUGGAAAAUUUCUGUGGUGAUCAGGUUCGCUUUCUAGCUAGGUCUUUUGCAGUACCAGGAAAUCAUCUGGGGCAGCAGAGCCAUGGUUUUCGCUGGCCUUAUGGACCAGUGGCGGUUAUUGCUCCCUUUAAUUUUCCCUUGGAGAUUCCUGUACUUCAGAUGAUGGGAGCGUUAUAUAUGGGGAAUAAGCCGGUCCUUAAAGUUGAUAGCAAGGUAUGUGUUGUUAUGGAACAAUUUCUUCGACUACUUCAUGAUUGUGGGUUACCUGCGGAUAACGUGGAUUUCAUAAAUUCAGAUGGAAAGACGAUGAACAAGCUACUCAUUGAGGGGAAACCACGCAUGACUCUCUUCACAGGUAGCUCAAGAGUGGCAGAGAAGUUAGCUGAUGACCUAAGUGGUCGAGUCAAACUAGAAGAUGCUGGAUUUGACUGGAAGAUCCUUGGGCCCGAUGUCCAUGAGGUGGAUUACGUUGCAUGGGUUUGUGAUCAAGAUGCAUAUGCAUGUAGUGGUCAGAAGUGUUCAGCUCAAUCAAUAUUGUUCAUGCAUGAGAAUUGGGGUAGAAGCUCUCUCUUAGAUAAAAUGACCGAGCUUGCUGCAAGAAGAAAGUUAGAUGAUUUAACUAUUGGUCCUGUCCUUACGGUUACAACUGAAGCAAUGCUAGACCAUGCGAAGAAAUUACUUCAGAUACCUGGAUCAAGACUGCUCUUUGGUGGUGAAGCCUUACAAAACCAUUCUAUCCCUGCAAUUUAUGGAGCCAUUAAACCCACUGCAAUUUUCAUACCACUUGAAGAAAUACUCAAAGAACAACAUUAUCAUCUCGUGACCAAAGAGAUUUUCGGGCCAUUCCAGGUUGUCACAGAGUACAAAGAUAAUCAGCUUCCGCUGGUUUUGAACGCCCUUGAAAAGAUGCAUGCACAUUUAACAGCUGCUGUGGUUUCAAACGACAUACUAUUCCUGCAAGAAGUAAUUGGAAAUUCAGUUAAUGGAACUACUUAUGCUGGAUUGAGAGCAAGAACAACAGGGGCUCCACAGAAUCACUGGUUCGGUCCAGCUGGGGAUCCAAGAGGAGCAGGAAUAGGUACUCCAGAAGCUAUAAAACUUGUAUGGUCUUGCCACAGAGAAGUCAUAUAUGAUGUUGGUCCCGUGCCACUCGGAUGGAAAACUCCAGCAUCUACUUGAGGAACAGCUGCAACCACUUAAAGCACUCGAGGAUGACAAUUAGAAAGCCUAACAUGAGAAUGCUUUAGAAAGAAUCCACUUGAGAUGUGCUGGAAGAAAUGCUUGGGUUACAUAAGAUCAAUUGGAUGUUAUUUGAAUGCUUAUGUUAAUGCAAACUUAUGAGCAGCUUAUAUAUCUAAUAAAUAAGAGAGCCAUUUUCGUAUUCCGGAAUAGUAUCUUCAUCAUUUUCUAUGAUUCUAUUCUAGGACCGUUAUAUAUACUGUCAAAAACAAUGAUA